CUUUGGUCCUGCCCCACGUUACCAAAGAAACACACCGAGAAGGAGGAGAAGACGGAGUGGAUGCCGCUGAGGUACUUGGUGAACGGCAAACCGGGAAAUCGGUCGUCGCAGGCGCCGGAGGAAGCGACUGCCCAGGAGUCUGAAAAUUCGCGAGCGAGUCAGCCAUCGAGCGAGCCACGGAAGGAGGAGGAGGUCGCGGACGCCGACGAAAAGCGCCAGGACACGACGGUCGUGAUCGUCGAACAGAGGAAAACGCAAUGAGACCCGCGACUCGAGCCCGCUUUCCGUAUCGUCGUCAAACUUUUGGUGUUCGCGAUCGCGAGAUCGAUUCGAGACGGGACGGCAGUGCGCGACUUCUCGCGGGAACCGUCGAAGAAACGUAGCGUUUCGCCGUUUCGGUUUUCCAACGGACAAAAUGCGCGGGUAGCGUAAAGAUCGUGGUACGCGGAAAUUCGGCGUCGCCAUGGAGAAUCGAACGUUCGUCUGUUUCUGUUUGUUCGAGACAUUUUCCGAGACGUUCUCGGCGAUACGUGUUCGAGUCGAGGAGCCACGAGCCACCGUACCUCGCCUCGUCCUUCGACGUCCCAUCCACCGACGGACCAUCCUCGCGGUUACGUGAGGAAAUCGAGAAAAUCGUUCGUUGAAUUUUCCACAGUGUUUCCGUUCUCUCCGACCCGAUCGAAAGAUGCGAGAAAUCGUACACAUACAGGCUGGACAAUGCGGCAAUCAGAUCGGUGCCAAGUUCUGGGAGGUGAUUUCGGACGAGCAUGGCAUCGAUCCUACCGGUGAGUAUCACGGAGAUUCGGACCUGCAGCUCGAAAGGAUCAACGUGUACUACAACGAAGCUUCCGGUGGCAAGUACGUGCCGCGCGCCAUCCUCGUGGACUUGGAGCCGGGAACUAUGGACUCCGUACGCUCAGGACCGUUCGGAGAGAUCUUCAGGCCGGACAACUUCGUCUUCGGUCAGUCCGGAGCUGGUAACAACUGGGCUAAGGGACAUUACACCGAGGGUGCCGAGUUGGUCGACUCCGUUCUGGACGUGGUCAGGAAAGAAGCCGAGAGUUGCGACUGUCUGCAGGGAUUUCAGCUGACCCACUCGCUCGGCGGUGGUACCGGUUCCGGGAUGGGUACCCUGUUGAUCUCGAAAAUUCGCGAAGAAUACCCGGACCGAAUAAUGACCACAUUCUCCGUGGUACCGUCUCCGAAGGUAUCCGAUACCGUGGUCGAGCCCUACAACGCGACAUUGUCCGUGCAUCAAUUGGUCGAGAACACCGAUCAAGCUUACUGUAUCGACAACGAGGCCCUCUACGACAUCUGUUUCCGUACCUUGAAACUCAUCACCCCGACUUAUGGAGAUCUGAAUCAUCUGGUGUCGGCCACGAUGUCCGGAGUGACCACCUGCCUAAGAUUUCCAGGACAACUGAACGCGGACCUCAGGAAGCUCGCCGUGAACAUGGUACCAUUUCCGCGAUUGCACUUCUUCAUGCCCGGUUUCGCGCCGCUCACCUCUCGAGGAAGUCAGCAAUAUAGGGCGUUGACGGUUCCGGAGCUCACUCAGCAAAUGUUCGACGCGAAGAAUAUGAUGGCCGCCUGCGACCCUAGACACGGACGAUACUUGACCGUGGCCGCCGUGUUUCGCGGCCGAAUGUCGAUGAAGGAGGUCGACGAGCAAAUGUUGAACAUUCAGAACAAGAAUAGCUCGUACUUCGUCGAGUGGAUUCCGAACAACGUGAAGACGGCCGUCUGCGACAUACCACCGCGCGGUUUGAAAAUGUCCGCCACUUUCAUCGGGAACUCCACGGCCAUUCAGGAGCUGUUCAAGAGAAUUUCCGAGCAGUUCACCGCCAUGUUCAGAAGAAAAGCUUUCCUCCAUUGGUACACGGGCGAGGGCAUGGACGAGAUGGAAUUCACGGAGGCCGAGUCGAACAUGAACGAUCUGGUGUCGGAGUAUCAGCAGUACCAGGAAGCUACCGCGGAGGACGAGGGAGAGUUCGACGAGGAGGAGGAGACGGAGAAGUAACGGGCGCUUCUCUCGCCCUUCUUCGUCGUCACCGUCAUCGUCUAGCCCGUGUUUCGCGUCGAAGAAACCGUAACGACGUACCGAAAAUUUCUCGUGGACGAGAGACGCUAAUACCGUGAACCGUCGGCACCGACUCGAACGAAAGCCUAUUUUCCGAUUCCAUUUAUUAUAACGAACGCUCGCGUUCGGUUUGUAUACCUUUUGUGAUCUUUUUACCAAUGGUUUUUGAUCGAUUUUUAUAUAUAUACAUAUAUAUGUACGCACACACGUAUACAUACGCAGGCACACAUGUUCGUAUAAGAUCGUACGAUAUAAUAUACAUAUGCAUAUAUACACGUAUAUCUAUCUUGUAAGUGUCUAGAAACGUUGUAUUAUCUUUGUUGAACAUUUAAUAGAUACUCCUUACGUCGUA